AUGGAAAUUCAGGUUGGAGGUCUUGCUUUAGUGAUCGCUGGAGCUGUACUACAAUUGAAAUAUACAGGAUUAUUGGAUAUACUUGGCGAUGAGAGGCUAGCGACACCUGUAUUAUUAUUAGCUGCUGGUGCAUUAUGUGCACUUCUUGGAUUCCUUGGUUGUUGUGGCGCUAUACGGGAAAAUUAUUGUUUAACUGUCAGUUUUGCAGUUCUCUUGGCUCUUGUACUAUUAAUAGAGACUGCCACGGCAAUAGCAGCCUAUGCUCUACAUGAACCACUCCAGGCAUCUUUAUCAAAACAGCUCACAUUAGGUCUUUCUCGAUAUAAUCGAUCAGUCGGAGUGACAAUGGCAUGGGACCAGACUCAAACACAAUUCUCUUGCUGUGGCGUUCAUAAUUAUACUGACUGGGUAGUACCACCCGAUUCAUGUUGUAUUCAUCAUAGUCCUGGUUGUGGUCGUAUCCAACAGAACCUUUAUUCAACAGAAAAGAAUGUUGAAGGAUGUAUGGCAAGUCUUGAACAAUGGUUAAUCAUGAAUGCUGCAUUAGUUGGUGGCAUAAGUGCUUUAGUUGGAUCAUUACAAGUUAUUGGUAUAUGUUUUGCUUGUUGCUUGUCAAAAAGUAUUCUCAGAGAUUUCCAUGAUUUUUAUUAUUAA